AUGAGUAGCGAACCUUUGCAAGAAAUCCAAGACAACGAGAUCGAGUCCAACUGGGAUGAAGUUAUUGAUAACUUUGAUAACAUGAACCUUAAGCCUGAACUUCUUCGUGGUGUUUAUGCAUAUGGUUUCGAAAGACCCUCUGCUAUUCAACAACGUGCUAUUAUGCCUGUUAUUAAGGGUCAUGAUGUUAUUGCUCAAGCUCAAUCAGGUACCGGUAAGACAGCUACUUUCUCUAUUUCCGUCCUUCAAUCCAUUGAUACGGAACUUAAGGAGCCUCAAGCUUUGAUUCUUGCUCCUACCAGAGAAUUGGCUCUCCAAAUUCAAAAGGUAGUAAUGGCUCUUGGUGACUUCAUGGGUAUUAAGAGUCAUGCCUGUAUUGGUGGUACAGCUAUCCGUGAAGAUAUCGCUACUCUUCAAUCUGGUGUCCAAGUUGUUGUUGGUACUCCUGGUCGUGUCCUUGAUAUGAUUCAAAACAGACGUGCCUUCAAUACUAAGCACAUGAAGUUAUUCGUUUUGGAUGAAGCUGAUGAAAUGUUAUCUCGUGGUUUCAAGGAUCAAAUCUACGAUAUCUUCCAAUUGUUACCUGAGACUACACAAGUUGUUCUCUUGUCUGCCACCAUGCCUGCUGACGUUUUAGAAGUCACCAAGAAAUUCAUGAGAGAUCCUAUUCGUAUUUUGGUCAAGCGUGAUGAAUUAACUUUGGAAGGUAUUAAGCAAUUCUAUAUUGCUGUUGACAAGGAAGAUUGGAAGUUGGAUACUUUGUGUGAUUUAUAUGAAACCGUGACUAUCACUCAAGCUGUUAUCUUCUGUAAUACCCGUAGAAAGGUUGAUUGGUUGACUGAUAAGCUUCAAGCUCGUGAAUUUACUGUUUCUGCCAUGCAUGGUGAUAUGGAUCAAGCUCAACGUGAUGUCAUUAUGAAGGAAUUCCGUUCUGGUUCUUCUCGUGUUUUGAUCACCACUGAUUUAUUGGCUCGUGGUAUUGAUGUUCAACAAGUUUCUUUAGUUAUCAACUACGAUUUACCCUCUAAUCGUGAAAACUAUAUUCACAGAAUUGGUCGUGGUGGUCGUUUCGGUCGUAAGGGUGUUGCUAUCAACUUUGUCACUAAUGAAGAUGUUCGUACCAUGAGAGAUAUUGAACAAUUCUAUAACACUCAAAUUGAUGAAAUGCCCAUGAACGUUGCUGAUCUUAUCUAA